AUGGUCGCCAUCAAAGACCUUAUGAAAGGCAGCCUUAAGUGGCUAUUUACGGUCCAAGCGGCUUUGCAGCAGAGCAAGACAAACGGAAACUGCGUCCUCGGCACACCGAAUGCCCCUAAGCUUCCGAACUUUUUGAACAACAACCCUUUGCCCAACGGCUUCCCGUGGGGCCCUCUGACAGCCGAUGGCACGAACUACUACAAGCAGUGGCCCAACACUGGCGUCGUCCGCAACUACGACUUCACCAUUAGCCGAGGUGUCAUCGCCCCCGAUGGAUAUGAGCGUCAGGUUCUCCUGGUGAACGGAGCUUACCCCGGCCCCACCAUUGAGGCAAACUGGGGAGACUGGAUCCAGGUCACGGUUCACAACAACGUUGACAACAACCCUGAGGGUACCUCCCUGCAUUGGCACGGAUUCCGUCAGCAGAACACCCAGUGGGAAGACGGUGUCCCUGCCAUCAGCCAGUGCCCUAUUGCCCCCGGCAAGAGCUACACGUACAAGUUCCAGGCUACCCUCUACGGAACCUCUUGGUACCACUCUCACUACUCUUCUCAGUAUGCCGGUGGUCUUACCGGUCCCAUCGUGGUCUACGGCCCUGGAAGGUCUGCUUACGACAUUGACGUCGGCCCCGUGUUCCUUUCUGAUUGGUACCACAAGCAAUACUUCGACAUCAUUGAGGACAUUCUGACCCCUAACGCCUCUGGCCUGGUCUUCUCUGACAACAACCUCAUCAACGGCAAGGGUAACUUCAACUGCUCCACUGUUGCUGCUGGAGAUAAGACCAAGUGCACCAACAAUGCUGGUAUCUCCAAGUUCAAGUUCCAGACCGGCAAGACCCACCGUCUCCGUCUCAUUAACUCCGGUGCCGAGGGUACUCAGCGUUUCUCCAUCGAUGGACACACCAUGACCGUCAUCGCCAACGACUUCGUCCCUGUCGAGGCCUACGACACCAAGGUCGUCACUCUCGGCAUCGGCCAGCGCACUGAUGUCCUCGUCAAGGCCAACGCCGGCAACGCCAAGAGCUCUUACUGGAUCCGCAGCAACCUCACCAGCUGCAGUCUGGCCAACCAGCCUCUCGGUCUCGCUGCUCUGUUCUACGACCAGGCCGACCAGAACCAGAGCCCCACCAGCACUGCUUGGAACGUUCCUGACCCCGGCAACUGCGCCAACGAUGACCUUGCCAUCACUAAGCCCGUCAUGAAGCUUACUCCCCCCACUCCUAGCUACGUCAAGACCAUGGAGAUCCAGGUUACCCGCAAUGCUUCUGGUAUUGUUCAGUGGACUCUUGACGGCGAGGACUUCCGUGGCGACUUCAAUAGCCCUACCCUUCUUCAGACCAACAAAAACAACCUCACCUAUGCUGCUGACUGGAAUGUCAAGAACGUCGCCAACAACGGUAGCGUUCGUGUUAUUGUGAGCAACAACAGCCCUGCAGCUCACCCUAUGCAUCUUCACGGCUUCAACAUGUACAUCCUCGCCGAGGGUGACGGCCUGACCUGGGAUGGAACCAUCACCAACCCCUCCAACCCCCAGCGUCGUGACGUCCAGCAGGUCCGCGCCGGUGGCCACAUGGUCAUGCAGUUCGACGCCCAGGAGAACCCUGGGGCCUGGCCCUUCCAUUGCCACAUCGCUUGGCACGCGUCUGCCGGUCUCUUCUCUCAGUUCAUCGUCCAGCCCGACAAGAUCAGACAGUUCCAGAUCCCCUCCAAGGUUGACCAGGUUUGCAAGGACUGGAGCGCCUGGACCAGCCGCAACAUCCCCGAUGUCAUCGACAGCGGUCAGUAA